UUUCAUGAUAGACUAACACACUCCAUACUGGUACCCCGACUGCAAGACCAGUCUCAAGUCCUCCCUCUUAGCACCAGGAUUGAGGCCUCUGGUGGCUUCUCAGUGAGAGGGACACCACCUUCGGCCCAUGGGGAGAUUCUGCAGGCUCCUACACUAGGAAAGCACACUUUUCUAAAGGAGAUACCAUACAACUUGUAGGCUACAAACCGUUUUCAUCUGUUCCGCUGUGAGGGUGUUUUCUUCUCCAGCCAGAGGCGACCAUGUCCAGGAGGAAGGUGAGGGGACUGACGCGGACAGGGCGGCAGGUGAGCGAGGACCCUGACCUGGAUGUCCUUUUGUCCAACCUKUCCCCUGAGCAGAUUGAGGAGCUGGAGAAGGAGGUAUUGGUGGCCCCCAACCUGGAUCCCAAUGAGGAAAGAGCCAUAGAGCAGCCUGCCACUAAUACUGUCCGGGACCGGGAUGCUAAGCUGGACAGCCGGGAGCGUCCGGGGAAGCUCAGCCAAAAGGAACAGUCUAUUGAGGGGGAACCCAAGAAGGAGAGCCGGAAACAAGAGUACCUGAGGACGAUGGGCCUGAGUCAGGAGGGGAAAGAAGGAAGGGGUAUCAGAAGGCAAUCAAGUAUCACAACAGAACGAGAGAACAAGAUGGAGGAGAGAAAUAACAAAAGACCAAACAGCACGAAAGAGGACAGAGUCAGCCUGUCCAAUAGAUAUAGGAGAGAGGAGAGCAAAGACAAAGAAGUAAAAGAGACCUCUAGAGAAAGAUUCAGGAGAGAAGAGAGUAAAGACGCUGAAGUGAAAGAUACAACUAGAGACAGAUCCAGGAGAGAGGAAAGUAAAGACAGUGAUGUAAAGGAUACAACUCGAGAAAAAUACAGGAGAGGGGAGAAAAGGGACAGUGAUGUUAAAGAAACGGCCAGAGACAGAUUCAGGAGACAGGAGAGUAGAGACAGUUUAGAGAAAGAGGACGCCAAAGAAAGAGAGAGAAAUGAGGAUAACAAGCUUAUGGAGAAAAGAGACAAGAGGUUGAGCACCAGUAAUAAGACAAAGGAAAUGAUCUCCAAGUUACAAGAGAAAAAUGAAAAAGAGGAGAUCAAGGAGAAAGAAAGAAAAGAGGAUAUGAAAAAAAGAGACGAGAACAAGACAAGGGGACUUGUGUCAAGGUUUGUGGAGAAGCAAAGUCGGGUUGAAGAGAGUAAAACAGACGAUAAAAAAAACAGAGUGGAAGAGAAGGACAAGCCAGGGAAGGACAAGUCUGACUUGAAACUUGAGAGACAAAAGUCGCCAACAGAGAAGGAGAGCGGAAGUGAGAAGCAAGAGGAGAAGGAAGAUCCUAAGGAGAAAGCGAAAGAAGAUGGUAAGGAGAAUAAGAAAGAUGUGGGGUUAAAACGCAAGGAAAGUAUAAAAGAGAAAGAUAGGAGGAGUAUUAGAGACAAGGAAAGAGAAGAGAAAGGGGAAACAGAGGAGAAAACGGGAAAAGAUGCAAACGAAGGACUAAAACCCAGCAAGGGUGAGGAACAACGUGGGAACUGUGUGACGAACAAGAGCACACCUAGCAAGACCAAAGUAGAGGAGGAAGAAGACGAGGACUCCAGCAUGUUCAGCGACCUCAUAGAGCAAGUUUGCAGCAACAACCCCACCAUGACAGAGCUCAACGUAAACAACUCGGAGGUCAUCAAGGCUAAAACACUCAUCCAGUUUGCAGAGGCCUUGAAUAAAAACACACACAUUAAGACUUUUGCCCUGGCCAACUGCCGUGCUGAUGACCACGUGGCCUACGCCAUUGCGGGCACCUUACGCACCAAUACAUCUAUCACAAGCAUCAACCUGGAUUCCAACCUUCUCACCCCCAAGGGUAUUAUGGCCCUGAUCCAGGCCUUGCAGAAAAACACCACACUCACCGAACUGCGCUUCCACAACCAGAGACACAUCUGCGGAGGCAAGACAGAGAUGGAGAUGACCAAGAUACUGAAAGACAACACCACCCUCCUGAAGCUGGGCUACGGCUUUGAGCUGGCCGGCCCACGCAUGACCAUGACCAACAUCCUGAGCCGCAACAUGGACAAGCAGCGACAGCGACGCCUACAGGAGCAGAAGCUGGCCCAGGCCAAUGGUGAGAAGAAAGGGAUGCUGGAGGUGCCCAAGACUGCUGGGGGAUUCCUCAGGGUUUCCCCCAAGGCUUCCCCUAAACCCUCCCCACACCCCUCACCAAUGCCCUCCCCGAAGUUGACUCAAAAAAGAGGACCAGGAGGGGGACCUCCUCCACCCCCUCCUCCUGGGGGCCCACCUCCACCUCCACCUCCACCCCCCAUGCUGGACAUAGACUCCCUGCGAAACUCCCUGACGCCCGCAUCACAGAGGAAGAUGGAUGAUAAGGCCAACAAAACAGGUGGUACGAACUCUAGGGACCAACUGCUGGACUCCAUUAGGAAUGCCAAUAUGAAGAUACUGAAGAAGGUUGCGGUACCAAAGCUGUUGCAGUAAUCCCCUGGCAUGGAGAGUGAAAGCCAAGGAAGAGGAAGGACAUAGAUCUCACAGGGGAUCGAAACUCCAACACAUCCCACGCACAGACUGACACCCAGUCUUACCACUGUGCUGCGGGAUGGAUAAGGCAGGCAAGCAGAGAGUGAAAAUUGAGAUUUCUAUUGGAUGUACAGCCUUCACUGUGCCACGAGUUCUCUCCUCAAACUUAACACUGGACCGCAGGGACCCCGUGGAGGGAGAAGAGGGCAGAGUUUUGCAGGAGGAUGUGCCCUGAGGUCCUAGUUGUCUGCCUUUGUCUGUGUUGAUGCUUUGCCUGUCAUUUGCACUAGAUUAUGAAGCAGUUCAUACGGUAUGUUGACAAAAGCAUAUGAUGUGUAUGAUGUGGUGGCGUGUAAAAUUCUAUAAAAAAAAGAUAUAUACAAAACUACUUUAACAUUCAUUGAAAUAUUGGAUGGUAAUUUGACAUUUUAUUUAUUUGUGGAGGGAAUCACUUGGAAUUUUGCCCAAACUGCUGAUUCUCCAUGGCAUAUUAUCAGGGAAUUAAAAUGGGGUUAGAUUUCAGCAAUUCACAGGGGGAGAAAGGGUGGUUUGUAAUGUGUGUCAUUGCCAAAUCUCAAGACUGACAUCUCAGGCAAAGUUUUACACAUAAAAAGCAACCUAGAAUCCCAGUCUUCUUAGAAAGACUCAGGAAGGAAGUUAAGUUUUGGGGGGAUUUAAGUAUGGUCAACCUUUAAGUACUAACAAAGUUAUGCAACAACGUUUAGUAAUAGCAAUGUUAUUUAUAAAUAUAUGUUCAUACAUUUUGCUCAAAGUGCAAAAAAUAAUGAUUCUAACAUAGAAAAAAAUUAGAAUGUCAAAAGCAAAGAAAACAAAUCACAGAAUACUAUUUCCAGUGACAACAAUGCAAACAUAUUCCAGGCUAGAUGUCUUACUACUAGUCAAGUCUUACUACUAAAGAUUUUAAAACAGUUUAUUUUAUUACCAUGGCAGAGCAAAAUGAAUGUCUCUUUCAGUGUGAUGACAUUGUACAGAGCGGUUUGCCACUCUAAAAGUGACUAUUGACUAUUGUAUGCAUAAUGUGGUUUCUGUUUCAUUUAAUACUUCAUUAAGUUACAGAGCCUAUAAAAAAGUACUGGUAUGUUUGCAAUUAAAAGUGUAAUAUAAUACACUUUAUUAUAAUAACUUCAUAAUCAAGUACAUCUUUUAAAAAAAAUAACACGUAGAUACAGGAUGGAGACAUAUCUGUCCAUUAUUUGAUGGUAGGCUAAUACAGUACAGUAGGUAACUGAUACAUUUACUGUAUUUUGUUGUGUUGUUUAACCUGUACUGUAAUGUUUAACCUGUACAUACAAUAUUUUCCUUUCAGGUGGACAUUUCCCCAGUUUUCAAUGUAAUAUAUCUUAAUAAUACAAUUUCUACUGCUUGAGAAAUAUUAAGUUGUCUAUGUCAGUCUGUCUAUUGAUUGGUUGACGGAAUCAGAAAUCAGAAAUCAUUUCCAAUAUCUAUAUAAGGUAUGUUGUCUCAGUAGAGCCCUGUAAGGACAUUUUGUGACCAAAUGGACAAUUCUGUGUGCCACGCCAAGUAUAAGAUGUCAAAUAGAUCAUAAUAAAAGGUUUGUGUGUACACACA